UGUCAAUCGAUGCAACCCCCAGCUUCGCUGUUCAGAGAGAAAAACCCCAACACAAAAACCCAUCAGUUUUAGAGAGAGAAACUCCGAGACAGAAGACACACACCAGUGUUCCAUGGCGCCAAAUCCUGAUGAGGAGCAGGAAAACGAGGCGCCCCUCUUGAAUUCAACCAAGAAUUCACAAAACUCCAAUGGAGCUUCUUAUUCAGGAGCCAUUUUCAAUCUCUCAACAAGCGCUAUCGGUGCUGGAAUCAUGUCCAUUCCUGCAACUCUGAAGGUUUUGGGUGUGCUUCCUGCGAUUUUAUCGGUGAUCUUCGUUGCGAUCUUGACGAAUUUUUCGCUGCAAUUUAUGCUGAAAUUUACAAGUGCCGGUAAUUCUACGACUUAUGCUGGAUUAAUGGAGGAAUCAUUUGGAAAGAUUGGGUCAGUUCUUCUGCAAAUUUGUGUGAUUAUCACUAAUUUGGGGGCUGAGAUUAUCUAUAUGAUUAUCAUAGCUGAUGUUCUUUCCGGGAGUGUGGCAGAGGGGCCGACACAUGUGGGUAUAUUUCGUGAGUGGUUUGGGAAUGGGUGGUGGACUUCACGCUCGUUCGUGCUCCUCGUGACUACAUUUCUCAUUCUUCUCCCUCUUGUUUCACUGAGGCGAGUAGACUCAUUGAAAUUCACUUCAGCCAUAUCUGUGCUUCUAGCUGUGGUUUUUGCGGUUGUCACCGCGGCUUUGGGCAUUGUUGCGAUUUGGACUGGAGAGGCAGAAAUGCCCAGGUUAUUUCCCCAAAUUACAGGACAGUUCUCAUACAUCAAGCUUUUUACUGUUGUCCCCGUGCUUGUAUCAGCUUUCACCUGCCACUUCAAUGUUCAUCCCAUUCGAGCAGAGUUCCGAAAACCACAGAAGAUGCAGUCUGUGGUCAGAGUCUCACUUGCUCUAUGCGCCGUGGUGUACAUUGCCAUUGGACUGUUCUGCUAUCUCCUCUUUGGAGAAAACACUGCCUCAGACAUCCUUGUCAACUUCAAUCGUGGAAACCCUGAUGCUAUAUCGAGUGCUGUUGUUCGACUGAGUUACGUGCUUCACGUGAUGCUUGUCUUUCCGCUUCUCAAUUUCUCUCUCAGGAUCAAUCUUGACGGAUUGGCUUUCCCCAGUGCCACAAAUACGACUGCUGCCCUUCGGUUCACCUCCCUUACUGGAAUUAUACUGGGAUUUGUGUAUUUGGCUGCCAUACUCAUACCUGAUAUUUGGUCAGUGUUCCAGUUUGUUGGCUCCACAACUGCUGUCUGCAUCGAUUUCAUAUUCCCUGGUGCUAUCGUGCUCAGAGAUGUUCAUGGGAUAUCGGAUCCUAAGGAUAGGAUACUGGCUGUUCUGAUGAUAUUGAUUGCGGUGGUUACAAGUGCAAUUGCCAUAACGAGCAAUCUAGUUCAUUUGGCAUGAGAAAGAGAGAGAGAUGCAUAGGAAAGGGUGGUGGGGAUGAUAUAUUAAGGCUUUGGCUCCCUUAACCACCAAUGCUACAACCUCAAUUCACACCAUUAACAUCAUCAUCGGAGCUUUUUUUUAGUGAGAGAGAGGUAGAGAAAGGGGAUUUCAUCAUGUUUUUGUCUCUCCCACCCAAUGAUGUCAGGGUUCUGUGGGGAAUUAUUUGUUGUUUGUAUUUUGAUUUUCUCGUGAUUUCUAAGUGUGAUUCAUUCUUCUAUCAAUUAAUUGUGAUUUUUAAGU